UCUGUUUACCUUUCCAGUAGUUCUUUACAAUUAUGAUGAAAUGCCAACACAGGAACUAUUUGAUAGUUAACUUUCGAGUCAGUUCAAGUUUAUGUCAGUGUUAAACUAUCCUUGUCGUUCAGGUGCUGCAGCUCAAGUGAAUUCAACAGAACCCUCCAGUGGAAGCGCAGUGACAGGGAGUACCCAGCUGAGACUGAAUGGGAGCAGCCCCUGCGCUGGGAGAGUGGAGGUUCUCUAUAAUGGGCACUGGGGGAGAGUGUGCAGCCACUCCUGGGACCUGCCUGAUGCUGAGGUAGUCUGUAAACAGCUGGGGUGUGGGGCUGCUGUUUCUGCACCCCAUUCUAAACGCCCAGACGGCCUCCCUGAAGACAGAGUGCUGAAUAGCGUGGGCUGCCUCGGGACUGAGUCCCAGCUGAGGGAGUGCAAGUCUGCUCCGUGGGGGAGAAAGGACUGUCAGCAUGGGUGGGAUGCUGCUGUGAUUUGUGCAGAAUCUCAGGAAGGAAAAGAAGCACUGGAAAAAGGAGGCAAGUGUAUUUAAAAUUAAAUUGUUCUUUUAGUACAAUCCAGCAUGUUUAUAUUGUGGCUCUAUAUACAGUGGGCCCUAUAUUCAAUAGAAUUAUGCAUCUCAUGGAGCCAGUUAUCUUUUAGAGGGCCUGAUUCACGUACCAGCGGUAAAAUAGAAGUUAAGAUUAGAGGUGUCUUAAUAUCACUCCUCCUGCUGUAAUUCAUGAAUGUUCCAUAACGUUUUAUCCAUUUCAUUUGAUUAGCUCCCAUGAAUAAUUCAUUUUGCAUUCUUACCACCAGUAUUACCCUAAUAGUAGGACUUUUACCUAAUUAUCUCCUUCAAAUACAUUGCCAAGUGUUAAAACCUCCAUUACAGUUGGCUGUAGGCACAUCGGGAUACUAUAGCUUGUAUUUAAAAAGUCUUUGCUUUAACCAAAAAUUGCU